UCGCGCGAGGAAGAAACUGGUCUCAUCGGACAAAAGGAGGAGGGGAGGGGAAAUACACACGACCGCGUACGUGUUUGCGAAAAAAAUCACGCGUAGAAAAUGGCGAGUUCGAUGUCUUUUCGAUGAAAAAAAACAAAUUGACAUCCAUUGAGGAGGAUGUCGCGUGUGUGAAAAAACAAAAAAUCUUCGCCUCGCGCGCACGGCACAUACGUAUAUGUUCGAAAUUACUGCGGCUGUUUUUAUCGAAUGUGUUUGCGGCGCAAACCGCGCGUAGGUAAAACAAACUUGUGUGACGGUUACGCGGCCAGCGAUUACGAGAGACAGCGCGAGACAGUCUCGCGCGAGUGGUAGUGCGAAUACACAUGCACGGCGAGAUCAGAGAAUAAUUGCGCGGAACGUGUCAAUUAAAGCGAUAUAUGUGUGACGUGUGGUGUUGCACCGCGCGCUGCCACGCGGCCCGCGUACGUACGAGAAGACGCGAUUAUUUCACUCCGCGACGCCAACGCGCGAGAUAGAGAAGAGCCGUAUAUUAGUUUAUAUUCCGCGCUGCGCGAUUAAUAAUCGCGCUCCCGCAAACAGCCCGGAACGUGAUAGAAAAGCGAGAUAAAAAAACAACAACAACAACAACAUGGGCGAGAAGACGUUCAACCUAACGUGGAACAAUCAUCUGACGAAUCUGUCGGGUUUGUUCGAAACUCUGUACAAGAGCGGCUCCCUGACGGACGCGACUCUGGCCUGCCAGGGCGGUAUGCUCAGGGCUCACAGACUGGUUCUGGCCGCGUGCAGUCCUUACUUCGAGAGAGUGUUCAAGGAACAUUACGGGGAGCAACCGAUUUUGAUUUUAAAAGGAGUCGCGGUCGAGGAGAUGGAGUGUCUCCUGGACUUCAUGUAUAGAGGAUCCAUCGACGUGACGGAGGCGCUUCUACCCUCGUUGAUAAAAACCGCGACUGAUUUGGAGAUACGGGGUCUCUCGGGCGAGCAGAAGAAUCCGGAAAACAGUCGCAAUCUUUACACGAGGGUCGAGACGCGAAUGCAACGGUGCCACAUCGAGACCAGGGUGCACACCACCGAAUACAUAAAAGAUCCGUCGAUGAUCCCGUUCCUGCCGAAUCACUCCAACAUCGACUCGAUCGACGAUCAGAUCAAAGUGGAGGAGAUCGAGGUGGAGGACGACCCGCUGGUCAGUGACGGUCACGAGGACAGCUUCGACGAGCUUCCGCGAGCUCCGGAAACGCAAAUAAAACACAUACCACCUCCGAUGUACAAGCGGGAAACUAGAUUCAAGGGUCAGAAGAGAGUGGCCGUGGGCCGCGUGACGCGAAACAGCGACUCGCUGCAAUUGCGAUUCAAUGCGAAGGACAUCUCGCAGGAGCCGAGCUACGAGAAUUCCUCGAAGGCCGUUAAAUGCGAGGCGACUUUCGACGACGGGCCGACGGAUGUCGCGAUGUCGGAUAGUCAGAACGGACAGGAAACUCCGAAGUGUUCGGACGAGCCGUCGAAGGUAGGUGUAAAGAGAAAACUCGACGUCGUGAAGAGGGAGGAGAAAGCGACGAGGAUAUUCAGCAAAUCGGACAGAUCGCAGUACAAACCGUUCUCGUGCGAUCUCUGCACGCUCGCGUUCACGAGGGCGUCGCACUUGGCGAGACAUCGGAGGGUACACACGGGCGAGAGACCGUUCGCUUGCAGCAUCUGUCCGCGAAUGUUCGCCAGGCAGGACAAGCUGAAGCAACAUCUGGAUUCGCACUUGCAGUGGACGAAAAAGAAGGGCACUCAGACGGUGUCGCUGCCGGGGAAAGGCAAACGUGGUAGACCGCGCAAGUUACUCACUGUGGAGCAAAGCGAGAUGGACGAAAUUUUGAAGUUCGGCGAGUUCAGCUCGCUGCUGAACAAGUCGCACUCGGCAAAUUCGACGAGCAAGAGCGAGAACGCGAAGGACGAGGACAAGAGGAAGGAGGCGCGUCAAGACGACGACGACUCGUCGCAGACGGAAAAGGAUACCCAGUGUCAGGUCGAGAACGGUCAGGAUAUCGUCGAAUAGAAUUCUCAUCUCGACGGCGGAAGAUCGGAAUUUUGAAUAUUUCGCAAAACAUAUUUUUCUAUAUGCACACAAGACAUAAACACGAGAAUCGAUGCUACUUUAGAAAACAAAAAAAAAAAACAAAAAAAAAAGAAAAAAAAGAAAAAAGGAAGUAAAAAACCUAUAUCGAGCUUCUCUCCGAAAGAUCCGCGGUAUCCUUUUUCCAGAUGUGUAUUUCGACAACACUAAGGCUUUACACGUGUAACAUCUUCUCUCUCGUCCUCAUGUUGUAUGUGCGUAAAAGAGCUUGUCUUUUACCGCGAAUUGUUUUAAACGUAAAGAGUACCUGAGACGUCGACUAGUAAUAACACAUUGCUAACCAAAGCGCGUGAGAUUCCAAAGAAGAAUUCGUUGAUGUAAAAUCCGAGGAAGUUGAAUUAUUAAUCUUACUUACAUUAGCAUCGAACAGUAAAAUUAUUUAAAAAAAA